AUGAUCUGGUUCUCAGCGGCUGUCAGCGAGGAGAUAUAUCCCAUGACCUGCUGUUCUGAAGAUUUGCUUCUAAAAGACCUCGCAUGUCUGGUGGUUUUUGGGCUUUGGUCCUCGCAAUAUCCCAUGCUUCCUUCGCUCUUCUUCUGGGGCCAUCUGAUCCAUGUCUGGCGGCUUGCGAGCGGGAGCAGAGUGGGGCGAGAGAUGCGAGCUGCAGAUGAGAAAGGAUUCUUUGCCAAUGCUAAGGCGCAGACUGUCCGGAACGAAAUUGCUCCGAUCUCGAUGCAUUGGAGGAAACGUGUUGCCGAUGCUCAUUUGCUGAGAUUGAUUGUUUCAUCCCGUGUGCAAAUUCAAACUUUGCUGGGAAUGGUGGAGGGUGGUUGGCGGUAUCCGAAAGAGGGGAAAGGCUGGUGA